AUGUUGAUUGGACCCUCGCCGUUCCCAAACACUGUCGUACGACUUCACAUGCGUGCCGCGUAUGUACUGCGAAUCGGCCAGGGGGUUCCAAGCAAAGACACUUGCACGAGAUGCGCCAAGGCAGAGGCCCCUUUUCAUCGUAAACAAGGUGUACUGCCCGACUUUAUCCUUGCCAAUCUUGAAAAUGUGAGCCCGGGUCACCGGUUGGUCUGCCAGGCUAAGGCUGCUGCUGCUGAUGAGGUCUCAGCCAAGAAGAAACUCGAUUCUGCUAGUCAAGCCGAAGUCAGGGCUAAGCGCCGUUCUGUUGACAGGGUAGUCAAGCCAAAUUCCAAUAGAUAA